AAUGAAAUUUCAAACUUCAUUUGCAGUUGGCGGUUUUGUUUAGUUCAUCGGAGCCUGUGGUAGGACGUGCAAUGUUAAAAGUAUUUCUCUAGUCUGGUCGUUUUGUAUGAAGUAAACCAACCACAGUGUUAUAAAGCUAGCUAUGGUACGCAGAUAUAAGUAUCCAAGGUUUCUUAGUCGUCCUCGUGGGUAUGUUGUACUUCUGCUGCUUUCUUUCCUCUGUACCAUGUAUUCAAUGCUGCAUUUCAUCUAUUAUAAACCUGGAAGAGCCAAUGCUCUUCUGUACAGAUAUCAAGCCAUGCAAGAAACGGUCAUUGAUUACGUAUAUUAUGGAGGAAUACGCAGGCGAAAAGGAAGGUUAAAUCAAGGUUCAGCAAGCACUCCUGCACAGACAAUACCUUAUCUUCCAUUAAAUUAUAAUUAUUCCAACUUUGACGUUUGUCCUGAGAAGUUUCCAGAAAUGAAGGGUCAAAUUUAUGUCAACAUGACAGAAAUACCUCUUUCUGAAGUAAACACAAAUUUUUCCCACAUUAUUCAACAUGGGGGAAGCUGGGAACCACAUGAUUGUAUAGCUGCGUGGAAUGUUGCGUUUCUCAUCCCAUUUCGAAAUCGAUUUGAACAUUUACCCAUCCUGUUCAGACACUUGCUCCCCAUGCUCAUUAAACAAAGAAUUAAAUUUUCCAUCUUCGUAAUAAACCAGGAAGGUGACGAUUUGUUCAACCGUGCAUUACUGCUAAACAUUGGCUUUGUGGAAGCAAUGAAAAUCGAUCAUUCUUUCGAUUGUUUUAUUUUCCAUGACGUUGACCACAUUCCUGAGAAUGAUCGGAAUUAUUACGGCUGCACGGGAAUGCCUCGCUUGUUCGCUGAACAACUUGACAUUCAUGGUUAUAGAUUGGAAUACGAGGAUUUCUUCGGUGGCGUUAAUGGUGUAACAACGCAGCAAUUUAAAAAUGUUAACGGAUUCUCAAACCAGUUCUGGGGGUGGGGUGGAGAAGAUGAUGAUUUCUAUACAAGAAUCAGACAUUAUGGUUACAACGUAUCUCGUCCACCAAAUAAUUAUGGAAAAUACCAAUCCAUAGUCAACCACCAUACACAAGAGAGACAAUACUUAGGAAGAUUUAGUCGGCUGAAACAUUCAGUUGAAAGGAAUUUCAUUGAUGGUUUAAACAGUCUGCACUACAAGAAACCUACUAUACGACAUUACCCGUUAUUUACUAAUAUAUCACUUAAGCUGCGCCCUGACGGAUGAAAUGGCUUCUAGAUUUUUAUGUUCUUUAACAUAAUUUUAAAUUCGUACUAUUCUGAUCUCUCUUCAAGUACUAUAUGUGUGUCUCCCUUAUCUUUGUCAAUGUGUCUCUCCUUUCCAUCUGUUUUGUAAGAUUCUUUAAUUGUUAUUGUCAUGACAUUAAAGUUUAAACCAUUUUUUUACAACACCAUUUUUCUCAAAAUGUAAUUGCUACCCUUUUUUCACUGUUUCAAUUUCAACUCCAUUUUUAUAUAGGCCUACUGUACUUCUAAAAUGUGAACACACCAUGUGUGUAAUGAACAUUGUUUACUCAGCAGAAAUGAAAUGUUUUCUACAAUUUGUGUUUUUGUUAUUAAUAAUUGGUAUUACAUUUCUGCAAUGAUUGCCUCAAA